GCUUGCUACACUUUACAUAUCAAACCAAUGGGUCGUGUCACAGAGCACGAGGAGAAUCCAAACAACGGUACACCGGUUCAGCAAAGAGGCACACCUAACCAGCAAACUGGAGUUCCGGCGAGUCAAUUCGCGCCGCCAAAUUAUCAACAAGCUAAUGUUAACCUAUCUAUUGGGAGGCCAUGGAGCACUGGUUUGUUUGAUUGUCAUGAAGACCAAGCCAACGCCCUUAUGACAACAAUCGCACCUUGUGUGACAUUCGGACAAAUAACAGAAGUGGUGGAUGAAGGAGACAUGACUUGUCCUCUUGGAACUUUCAUGUACUUGUUGAUGAUGCCUGCUUUAUGCUCACAAUGGGUGAUGGGAUCAAAGUAUAGGGAAAAAAUGAGAAGAAAGUUUAAUCUUGUGGAAGCUCCAUAUUCAGAUUGUGCAAGCCAUUUGCUAUGCCCUUGUUGCGCUCUUUGUCAAGAAUACAGAGAGCUCAAGAUUAGGAAUCUUGAUCCUUCCCUAGGUUGGAAUGGGAUACUUGCUCAAGGACAAUAUGGGAGUGAAGCACCAACCUUUGCUCCUACCAAUCAAUAUAUGUCUAAGUAGACAUUUUGAUUUUAGUUGACCCUCCAAAUAUUUGUUACACAUUAUUUGCGGAGCAUUGUAAAAUGCAAGUGUGCUAUGUUAAAAAAAGUUUGCAAUGCAAGUGUGAGAUUGAUUACGUUUUCUUUUUUUUCUUUUCUAUUUGUUGUGUUGUAGCUAUCAUCUAAACACCUGUUCCACCUCUGUGUUUUCUGAAUAGCAAUAAAAAGUUUAUUUGUUUUGUGUUACCACAAUGAAUGUGAGAGUAACUAUGUUACAUCGGUCUAAAUAAAACUUUCUAGUUUGUUUCAAA